AUGAAGCCACCCACCAUGGGACACUCGCAGCUCGGCACCGGGGCCACCAAGGAGGCGUCUGGUGUGGGCUGCCGCGAGGCCCUCUCUGCCGCGCUGGUCACUGGCGCUGUCCUGGCGGCGUUAGGAGUUCUCGCGGCCGCCGUGUCCACACAGGCCGUCACAGUGCAGCACGUGGCCGAGCUGCGAGGCAUCCGGUACAGCCCCGGCCUGGAGCGGGCCGACUCCGAGUACCGCCGCACGCUGACCUCCGCUCUGCAAACGCUGUUUCUUAGCAGCUUCCAGAAGACUGAGCUAGAGGCUCGCUGCGUGGACUGUACAGUGCUCAGUUACAGGCCGGGGAACGCCAGCGUGCUGGUGUGGUUCCAGAUGCACUUCCUGCUCCCAGCCAUCCAGGGGCUCAACCGAGGCCUGGAGGAAAAACUUUUACAGCAGGGACUCCGAGCACGCCUGCAGGAGCACGGCCUCCCCCUGGCUGCCUACGGCACCAUCAUGUCAGUUGAGCUCACAGGCAACCAGAAGGGGCCCUGGGCAGAGAGAGAUUUGAAGUCAGGCCGCUGUCCCGGGGACACUUUUUCUUGCCAGAACAGCCAGUGUGUGAGCAAAGUGAAUCCUGAGUGUGACGACAGCAUCGAUUGCGCCGACGGCUCGGAUGAGGCUCGCUGCGACUGCGGCCGGCAGCCGGGCUGGCGGACGCCGGGCAGGAUCGUGGGCGGCAUGGAGGCGGCCCCCGGUGAGUUCCCGUGGCAGGUCAGCCUCAGGGAGAACGCCGAGCACUUCUGCGGAGCCGCGAUCAUCGGCGCCCGGUGGCUGGUGUCGGCUGCUCACUGCUUCAAUGAGCUGGCCGCGCCCUCGGACUGGGUGGCCUACGCGGGCACCACGGCGCUGGGCGGCGCGCUGGAGGCGGGCGCGGCGCGCGCGCGCGUGGCGCGCAUCAUCCCGCACCCGCGCUACGACGCCGACUCGGCCGACUUCGACGUGGCGCUGCUGCAGCUCCGCCGUCCGCUGGCCUUCGGGCGCCGCGUGCAGCCCGUGUGCCUGCCCGCCGCCGCGCACGUCUUCCCCGCCGGGAGGAAGUGCCUCAUCUCGGGCUGGGGCUACCUCCGGGAGGAUUUCCUGGUCAAGCCGGAGACUCUGCAGAAGGCCACGGUCGAGCUGCUGGACCAGGCUCUGUGCUCCAGCCUGUACGGCCACGCCCUCACCGACAGGAUGCUGUGUGCCGGUUACCUGGAUGGGAAGGUGGAUUCCUGCCAGGGAGACUCGGGAGGCCCCCUGGUCUGCGAGGAGCCCUCCGGCCGCUUCUUUCUGGCGGGCAUCGUGAGCUGGGGCAUCGGGUGCGCCGAGGCGCGGCGCCCAGGGGUUUACGCGCGAGUGACACGACUGCGGGACUGGAUGCUGGAGGUCAUGUCCGCGGCCAGCAGGCCUCCGGCGCCCACGGCCGCCCCGGCGCCCAGCACGCCCAGCCCUGCCUGGCCCACGAGUCCCAAAGGGCAGGUGCUGGACACCCCCAGCAGACCCGCGCCGGCCGCCAGCACGGCGCCUCUGGGCUUGGCCACCGCAGCCAAACUACCAGAGUGCGGGGCCAGGCCAGCCCUGGAGAAGCCCACCCGCAUCGUGGGGGGCCUGGGCGCCGCCUCGGGGGACGUGCCCUGGCAGGCCAGCCUGAAGGAGGGGACCCGGCACUUCUGCGGCGCCACCAUCGUUGGCGAUCGCUGGCUGCUGUCGGCUGCUCACUGCUUCAACCACACUAAGGUGGAGCACGUGCGGGCCCACCUGGGCACUGCAUCGCUGGCGGGCAUCGGGGGCAGCCCGGUGAAGCUGGGGCUCCGGCGGGCGGUGCUGCACCCUCAGUACAACCCGGCCAACCUGGACUUCGACGUGGCCGUGCUGGAGCUGGCACGGCCCCUGCGCUUCAACAAGUUCGUGCAGCCUGUCUGCCUCCCCCUGGCCAUCCAGAAGUUUCCGGUGGGCCGGAAGUGCAUGAUCUCAGGGUGGGGAAACACGCAGGAGGGAAACGCCACCAAGCCCGACGUGCUGCAGAGAGCCUCGGUGGGCAUCAUCGACCAGAAGGCCUGCAGCGCCCUCUACAACUUCUCCCUCACAGACAGGAUGCUCUGUGCCGGCUUCCUGGAGGGCAGAGUGGACUCCUGCCAGGGUGAUUCCGGGGGCCCCCUGGCCUGCGAGGAGACCCCUGGCGUGUUCUACCUGGCGGGCAUUGUGAGCUGGGGCAUUGGCUGUGCCCAGGCCAGGAAGCCGGGGGUGUACACGCGCAUCACCCGGCUGAAAGGGUGGAUCCUGGAUACCAUGGCGCCGCGGCCCCUCUCCACGCCGCCCCCCAUUCCCCCGGGGACCACCACGGCUGGCCUCCUGGCCCCGGGGGUCCCGGCCAGCACCGCUUCGUCCCCAACCACCAGCAGCUCCGGCAGCCCGGCUGGCCACAGCACGAGCACCAGCCCGGGGCCCUCCUCGUGGGGGCCGACUCCGCCGCCCCACAUCCCGACAGCCACCCUGAGCACCCAGCUGCCAGGUUGCGGCGUGGCGCCGGCGGGCGCGCUCACCCGCAUCGUGGGCGGCAGCGCGGCGGGCCCCGGGGACUGGCCGUGGCAGGCGAGUCUGCGGCUGCGCCUGCGCGAGCACCGCUGCGGAGCCGUGCUGGUGGCCGACCGGUGGCUGCUGUCGGCCGCGCACUGCUUCGACGUCUACGGAGACCCCAAACAGUGGGCGGCGCUGCUGGGGACCCCCAGCCUGGGCGGCGCCGACGGGCAGCUGGGGCGCGUGGCGCGCGUCUUCAAACACCCCUUCUACAACCCCUACACGCUCGACUACGACGUGGCGCUGUUGCAGCUGGCGGGGCCGGUGCGCGGUGGCCGCCUGGUGCGACCCAUCUGCCUGCCCGCGCCCCGCGCUCCCGACGGCGUGCGCUGCGUCAUCACCGGCUGGGGGUCCCUGCGCGAGGGAGGUGGCAUGGCGCGACAGCUGCAGAAGGCGGCCGUGCGCGUCCUGAGCGAGCACACGUGCCGGCGCUUCUACCCGGUGCAAAUCAGUAGCCGCAUGUUGUGCGCCGGUUUCCCGCAGGGCGGCGUGGACAGCUGCUCGGGGGACGCCGGGGGACCCUUGGCCUGCAGGGAGCCGACCGGCCGGUGGGUGCUGACCGGGGUCACCAGCUGGGGUUACGGCUGUGGCCGGCCCCAUUUCCCCGGCGUCUACACCCGGGUGGCGGCCGUGAGGGGCUGGAUAGAGCAGAACAUCCAGGAGUGACUGUCCCUGCGCGGCUGGACCAGAGAGGAAGCAGCGGGGGACGCUGUCCGGCCACCCCGCUCCGGG